CCGCCAGCACUUCGCCGCGGAGGAACCGGUGGCCCUUGGGAUUAAAAUACUCACCGCGCCGGGAAGCCGAGGGAGAGAGGGAGCAGGUACCUGUUACAACAUUUCUUUGGUGAAGGCUAUUCAGCAGUGGUGACAUCUUCCAAUCGACCACUCUGCAAAUUAUUAUCUCUGGACUCCCAGCUGACACCCUGCCAGACGCUAGAGCUACUGAGACAACUGGAAUUGUGCCCGCUUUGGUCAAGGUUUUUUCUUUCACGGAGGAAAAAAAAAAGAUGAAGUUGGGCAAAGUGGAGUUCUGCCAUUUUCUGCAGAUACUAGCUCUUUUCCUUUGUCUUUCUGGGAUGAAUCAAGCAGAGCUCACAAGGUCCAGAUCAAAGCCCUACUUUCAAUCAGGGAGGACGAGAACCAAACGCAGCUGGGUGUGGAAUCAGUUCUUUGUGCUGGAAGAAUACAUGGGUACAGACCCACUCUAUGUAGGAAAGCUUCACUCUGAUGUUGAUAAAGGAGAUGGUUCCAUCAAAUACAUCUUGUCAGGCGAAGGGGCAAGUUCCAUUUUCAUUAUUGAUGAGAACACGGGGGAUAUUCAUGCUACAAAGAGGCUGGAUCGAGAAGAGCAGGCCUACUAUACGCUCCGAGCACAAGCACUAGAUAGGCUGACUAAUAAACCUGUGGAACCAGAGUCUGAGUUCGUCAUUAAGAUUCAGGACAUCAAUGACAAUGAACCAAAAUUUCUGGAUGGUCCCUACACUGCUGGAGUUCCUGAGAUGUCUCCUGUGGGGACCUCUGUGGUUCAAGUGACAGCCACUGAUGCGGAUGAUCCUACUUACGGCAACAGUGCUCGGGUGGUAUACAGUAUAUUGCAAGGACAACCUUACUUCUCUGUGGAGCCAAAAACAGGUGUUAUCAAGACUGCCCUUCCGAAUAUGGAUAGAGAAGCCAAGGACCAAUACCUGUUAGUUAUUCAAGCAAAGGACAUGGUUGGGCAGAAUGGUGGAUUAUCAGGGACCACAUCUGUAACUGUCACCCUGACUGAUGUUAAUGACAACCCACCCCGCUUUCCACGCAGAUCAUAUCAAUAUAAUGUCCCAGAGUCUUUGCCAGUGGCUUCUGUGGUGGCCAGAAUAAAAGCUGCAGAUGCAGAUGUGGGACCUAAUACUGAAAUGGAGUAUAAGAUUGUGGAUGGUGAUGGUUUGGGAGUAUUCAAAAUUUCUGUCGACAAAGACACUCAAGAGGGAAUCAUAACAAUUCAGAAGGAGCUGGAUUUUGAAGCUAAGACAAGCUAUACCCUGAGGAUAGAAGCAGCCAAUAUGCAUAUUGAUCCUCGUUUCCUGAGUCUGGGACCCUUCAGUGACAUGACAACAGUGAAGAUAAUUGUAGAAGAUGUUGAUGAGCCACCUGUGUUUACUUCACGUUUGUACUCCAUGGUGGUGUCUGAAGCAGCAAAGGUUGGCACUAUCAUUGGAACUGUAGCAGCCCAUGAUCCAGAUGCCUCAAAUAGUCCUGUCAGGUAUUCGAUAGAUCGAAACACAGACCUGGAGAGGUAUUUCAAUAUUGAUGCCAACAGUGGAGUCAUUACGACUGCUAAAUCUUUGGACAGGGAAACUAAUGCUAUUCAUAACAUCACAGUUUUGGCCAUGGAAAGUCAGAAUCCAGCACAGAUUGGGAGAGGUUAUGUAGCCAUUACUAUCCUUGACAUCAAUGACAAUGCCCCUGAAUUUGCCAUGGACUAUGAGACAACUGUCUGUGAAAAUGCUCAACCUGGUCAGGUGAUCCAGAAAAUUAGUGCAAUCGAUAAAGAUGACCCACCAAAUGGCCAUCAGUUCUACUUCAGUUUAACGGCAGAGGCAGCAAAUAACCACAAUUUUACACUGCAGGACAACAAAGAUAACACUGCAACAGUAUUAACCAAAAGGAAUGGGUUUCGAAGACAGGAACAGUCUGUUUUCUACUUGCCAAUAUUCAUAGUGGACAGUGGAUCACCUUCCCUUAGUAGCACUAAUACCCUCACCAUCAGGGUCUGUGAUUGUGAUGCAGAUGGUAUUGCUCAGACGUGCAACGCAGAAGCAUAUAUCUUGCCUGCAGGACUGAGCACUGGAGCCCUGAUAGCAAUAUUGGCUUGUGUCUUGACACUGCUAGUUCUUGUCUUGCUGAUUGUCACCAUGAGGCGACGGAAAAAAGAGCCCCUUAUUUUUGAUGAAGAGAGAGAUAUCAGAGAGAACAUUGUCAGGUAUGAUGAUGAGGGUGGUGGAGAAGAGGACACAGAGGCUUUUGACAUGGCUGCCUUGAGGAACCUCAACAUCAUGCGAGACACCAAGACCAGAAGGGAUGUGACGCCUGAGAUUCAGUUCUUGAGCAGACCAACUUUUAAAAGUAUCCCAGAUAAUGUAAUUUUUAGGGAAUUUAUCUGGGAAAGACUAAAAGAAGCUGAUGUGGAUCCCUGCGCACCACCCUACGACUCCCUGCAGACAUACGCGUUCGAGGGGAAUGGCUCAGUGGCAGAGUCGCUCAGUUCUUUAGAUUCCAUCAGCUCAAACUCUGACCAGAACUACGAUUACCUCAGUGACUGGGGCCCUCGUUUUAAAAGGCUUGCAGAUAUGUAUGGGACUGGACCAGACUGCUUAUACUCAUAGCCUUGGAACCUUUCUCUGAAAAUGCACUGAAGAAUAUUAAAAUAGAAAACUCAACCUUUUGGACUGAGGAAAGUUGUAAAUAUUUCUCCAUUUUUAAACUUUUCAGUUGUUUGGUUUUUUUUUUUUGGCCUUGGUGGAACAUAUCUUCAUUAGACUUGUCCCAGGGACUGCACUGACCACACAGAAUAUGAGCAUUUGGUGGCAUUUUUGAUAAAAUGAAAUGCUCAGCCACGUUCAAAUAGAUAGCAACACUCAAAUACCUACAGAGGCAUUUCACUUUCAAGAGUAUGUUAUGUACUGUCACAUCAAUGAGCUAGGGGUACACUGUAGAUGCCUUCACAGUAUUGCUAUAUCUAGAAUACAGUCUCCCAUAUAAGAAGAAACAAAUUUGCAAAUAUAUAAUUCAGAACAACAUAACAAUAUAUGGUAUUUACAUAUGCAGAGUUUUUUCAGCAGAUUUUCUUUACAGUGGGCAUGAAGCUUGCUAGAACAAAAGCAGAAGGACUGACAUGAAAACAAACAAAAGCCCACGAGAUACUAUUUUUGGGUUUUUCUGUGUUUGUUCUCAGAGCUAUUUAAUUAGAAGUCUCUGUAAUUUUCUGGGUAGUUUUUGAGAAAUUAUUGUUUGUACUAAGAAAUUCCACAGUAUUUGUCAUCAAUUUAUGAAAUAGCUUAUAAACCACAUAAAAUGAGAACGAUUUAGGUGUAGUCUUAUGGUUGAAGAGUUUUGUGAUGCCCAUGUAAGUAUAGAAAAGAUGUUGCUAUCUAUUUGCUAUUUUUUUAUUCUCUCUUCUGAUUUGUACAGGAGAAUUUAUCCUUUUUUAUUAUUGUUUGACAUAAAGUGUUAUAUUUAUUUUGGAGCUCCAAUCUCCUCUAAAUUCAGGUCCAUUUUACUGCCUCAUGGUAUUAGACUUGUCAGAACAUGCUGAUUUUUCUCCAGUCUCAGAUAAAUGUAGGAAAUGAAGCAUGGAAAUGGAAAAAUUACAGUAAAGCAAUGCCACCCACCAUUCAUCCCUCAGAAAGGAGAGCAGCUACAAGGAUGUACAGUUGUUCUUCUGAGCCAUUACAAAGUCUGGGACAUUUAAAUAAAAUAUUUGUACAUGGAAUUUUUUUGACAGAAGACUACAGAGGUAGCUGGGAGUGUCUUUAAUCCAAGAUUUCAUUUUCAAGGUUAAACAUACUGUAUGCUUCAAAGACUGUAAACACCUUGCUUUUCUCCUUUCCCUUCUCUUUUGCUGCCGAUGAGUCACAGUAAAAGAGUUUUCAAUUUCUUGAAAACAUUGCAUUGCUUAACAUAAGACAAGCAAUGUAAUACUAUUAACUUCAAAAGUUGUCUUUAUAUCCUGCUGCUCAUAAGUAUUUUUUCCCCAAAGGUGUAACCUCUCUACACAUAAUUUCUACACUGGUUCAGGAGUGCCAAAACAGAAGGACAACUGCUGUUGGUUAAAAUACUGUAUGGUUUUGAAGUAGGAUUUCUUAGAAUAAUCUGACAGCUUUUUUAUGAUUCUGACAAUAUUUAUACUUCAUCUUUCAUGAUUUAUUACUAGAUAAUAAGGCAUAUAUUCAAGUUAAAUAGUGGUUUUAGGUAUAUUACUUCAGAUUUUUUUGUUUUGGAUAAAAUGUAGAUGAGUUCCUAAAUUAGAGUCUGCUCCUGCAAACUUUUUUGCUUGUACCUAACUUGAAAUUACUUGACUUGCCUGCAAUUACUGAGAGGUAUACAGAAUUGUUUGCAGAACUGUCUUUGUGAAUAGAAGGUACUCCAUAGAGAAUGAUGCUCACUCUAAAAGCCUUUCUUUCUGAAAGAAGGAUCCUUGUACUGAAAUCCUAAUGUAUGAGUGACAUGAGGCUGGGGGAUGGGAAAGUAUCAUUAAGGCUUUGUAAUUUUUGCAGCCCAGCAUUAUCAAUUAACUAUGUGGAAGUGGCCUUCAGCUCCAUCAAAAAAAGAAAAAUAAUUUUAAGCAUCUGCAACACAUUCAAUUUGAGUUACAUUUUAAUAGACAAUCAUUGUUUCAUAAUUCAGUAGAUCUGCUUCUAGUUGUAUUAAAUAUAUAUAUAUAGGUAUAUAUAUAUAUAUAUAUGACAGAUUUUGUAAUGGAACUGAAAGAUAUCGUCCAUGACUUUUAGUCACACAUGUAAGAUUUUCAAUAAAAAGAUUAAAAAAAAAAAAAAAAGAACCAUGUGUAUACAGUUUAAUGAGAACGAGAUAUGCUGCAGAAUUUAAGCAGGUAUUAAAUCAACAAGUUUUUAAGAGAACAGUUUUUUAUUAAUCUCCUUGUUUUUCAGAAGAUAAUUCAUGCAUCUGGAUUAAGAUGCCCAAAAUGCUGAUUUUAGCACAUAAUACUCAAAGGAGAUUUAAAUGUGGUUUAGAGUAAACAUCCAAAUUCCCUUGCUUUUCCACCUUCUAUGUCUUUAAAAAACACAAAAACCUCCACUACGAGGAAACUAUAUUAGAGGGGGUUUUUUUGUGUACUUUCUAUGGAAAAGAUGCUCUUUAUUCUGAUGUCAUGAAAACUCAUUGCCUAUAUAAGUUUUUUGUUGCACAGUUCUAAAAUAAUUGAAUAAGCUUGCUGUUACAUUCUAUAUUCUUACCUACUGAUUGUAUUGUCGCAGUAAGAAAGAAAGGUGGAAAUCCGUUAUGUUUGAUGACAGAUGUUACUAUAGUAUAUAUAUAAGGUAUGCAUAGUACACGUAAUAGAUAAUGCUCUGUAUAAGUUACCAUGACUACAGGCUUUCAUUGUUCAGAAUCUGAUUCGAAUUCUUUCUUUAUAUUGCACAGCCUGAAGUCGUAAAGUAUAUUCUACUGACUAAAUAGUGUAAAAUGUAAGAAAUAUUUUCUCUGUCCUAGAAAGGUAAUGAAAUUAUUUGUGCAAUUUAAUUAGAAUAGCCCUUUAAAAAGAUUUACAAUCUUAUUUAACUUUCCGAAGAGUUUCAGUAUCUAAUUAGAGGCCAGAAAUCCUAAUUAAAAAGUAUAUCAAACAUUGCAGUCACUCCCAUCUUAUAUAUUGAAACAUCUCUUUCCUUCUACCAUAUGCCAGUUGAAUAGGGUUAUUUCAAAUUGAUAUUUCCAAGCACUUUGAAAAGUGCACAGUUUUAAGAGUCUUAUUAAAAAAAAUCAACAUAAAAUUAAUCUGUUUGAUUAAGAUUUAUGGUAAAGACUCCUUACUCUGCUUUGACCAGUGUGAAAUCCACUGAAUUCAACAUUGGACAUUCUGGCUUACAUUUUCGAUUCAAAAGAAUAAACUUAGUGUACUUACUUUAAGUUAUAUCCCACUAAGACAUAGCAUGAGCCUUCCUAAGCUUACUAAUUCUGAUGGCUGGGUUAAUACAAUCACUGUAGGACUCAAGAUAUUUGAUGCUACAAACUGAAAGUUCUCCUUCUCCCUAAAAAUUUAGGGAGAAUAAAAAAAAAAAAACCUUGCCUUUUACUGCUGCUUUUAUAUGUUAUUUUGAAAGGGAGCAGGAGGAUUCAUUGUAAUUUCCUUUAAAGUUGGGGUCUUUUCGCAAUUAUUUUUUCCUGUUUACCUUUCAGGUGCUGGCAGUAAUCGAUAAAUAUUUCCUGUCCUUUUUUUCUUUAGAGAUUUUGGAUGAAAGCAUGUUAUGAAAUACAAAAUAGCAGCAUCUUAUUUUUUAUGGGCAAAUACUCUUGUAUGAUACAAAGAAAAGUGGUAGUUUGUCAUUCUGAAAAGGAAAUAAAUGUACUAUAAAGCAUAUAAUCACAUUGACUUUAAAGAUCAUUAAAGAGUUGAAAGAGAAACACAAUUACCUAUAUCAAAUCUAGUAUUAAAUUCUUGGUCACAGUCUGUCAUGUAGCUGAUUUAAAUUUUUUGUAUGUAGAUUUUUUUCCUCUACUUUGAAAUCUAUGUAGAAUAAUAAUGGUUUGAGACAUCCUUGUAUUCACCUCAUUUGUGAUAUAUGGGGUCAAGUAUAUAUUUAUUGGUCCGUGGCUCUAAAAAUUAAUUGCAAAAGAUAGGAACAUCACUUUAUUUGUUUGACAGAAGCAGGAAAGUCUACAAAAUAACCAGAGCUCUACAAGUUGCUGUCCUUACUAUAGCAUCACUAAGUUUACCAGAUCUAUAUCUAAGUUUUCCAGAUACAUCCUAAGAUAUAUUUUCACCCCAGAAUCAUUCCUUCCAAACCAAGAACUCAUCCUCUGCUCAUUUUCAGUGCGGGUAAAAACGCAUUUUGUUGUUUACUGAAGGUUUUUUUAUGGAUAUCUGCCUGAACUUUUGUUCUUUGAACUAGGAGAUUCACAAUACACAACAGGUAUAAUCUAUUUUCUAGAUGAAGGGAAUAUGGUAGGCUAUGCUUUGCCUUGUUAUGAUAAUAUAUCUUUUCUCACAAAAGAAAGAAAAAAUGUUCCCAUGUGGUACAUAAAAUCUGCAAAACGUUAGACCAUAUAGAAUUGCAUAUAGAAAUAUAUUGGUUGAAAAAACUUGAUUUACCGAAGCAUUACAUGAUACAAGAUUGUCUUGAAAUCUUUAUGUGAAUCUUUAUAUAUCUAAUCAAACACAAUAAAAGAAAAAAUAGCAUAAGAAUUUUCUGGAAAUCAGAAAAAAAUCUCAUUUGAAGCCACAGUGGUGUCUCACAGAGACAAAUCUUAUCUCAUGUUAACACAUAUUUCCUAAAAUUAUAUGUAUAUUUAAAUAUACCACCCCCACAGUAUUUCUUUUAAAAUACCUUUUUUUAAUCAGAAAAUAUCUACAAAAAGUAAUCCUACUUUCAAAAACUUUUUCCAUCUUCAUCCAUGUCUGAUAUAGAAGAAUAUAGUUUAGACUCAGGCAAAACUUUUAAGAUUGCCCCCACAAUGAAAGGAAAUUGGUUUCAAAUUAUGACCCAAAAUAGUUUAAAAGCUGUUAGAAGCGUUGCAAGGACUGUUACUUCCAUGAUUUUUUAAAGCCACGUGUUAUGUCAUAAUAAAUGGUAUCAGAUUGAAAUUCCUAUUCCUAGAAAUGGUGUCAAGUUAAAUAGAGUUUAAUAUUUGAUUGAUUAACUACGGUCAUAAACCUAUUGUGCAGCAUAACAGCAAGCUGAAUGCUGAAUCGGUACUAGAAAAAAGGUCAAGGAUUUUAUUUUCUCCUUCUACUCACCACCAUCGUGGCCAAUGUCAGAAUUUCUUUUCAUUGUACAGCAAAGCAAAAUCAUGUUGAGUCUAAGUUGGCCACAGCAGGGAAUUAGAAUCUUUCCUCCUCUUCACAAAGGCUAAAAGACUAUUUACUAGGUCAUUCCAUUCAAAUAUUCUUGUCUGAUUAUGUCUGGACUCCUAGGUCAUGCUACCUGAAACCUGUGAAGUUGUUGGGGUUUGGAAUUUUUUUUUUUUUUUUUGGGAGGAGGAGAGAGGAUAUUGUUUGUUUGUGGGUUUGGUUAUUUUUAAAAUUGUCAUUCUUGUUGAAAUGCUUAUGUUUGAAUGAGUUGACCUUUUUCAUUGAUUUUUUUUGCGUUUGUUUUUCUUUUGUCAAAACCGUACCAGCCACCCCUUUUUCUUUACUGUUAAUAGCACAAAAGAAAGUCCUGAGGUGCUCUCUCUCUUUGAUGUCAAGAAGCUAUGGAGAAAAAGAUAAACAUAGGAUCAACAUACUGCAAUGAAAUUAAUCUGUCAUUUUCUCUCAACACAAGCUCCCAAACACCAUAGUUAAGCUGCCAUUAACACCAUUCAAAUCAUGGCAUGGAUCUAAUCUUACAACUUUAAAAUAUAUGGUCCUUUUCUGGCACUACUACAGCAAUUUUUACACAUUUAAUGAAAUCACAUUAGAUAGGAUUAUCAAGGUUUUUACCUGUAACUCAGUUUCAUCAUUUUUAUUUAUAUCAUGGUCUUGAUGCACAGAAAAAGAAGGAAAAAUUACAACAGCAAAACAGAAGAAGUACAAAAUGCCUCUAUGCAGUGUUUUAAUUAUUACUCUACCUUAUUAUUUUCAAUACACUGAUAGCUUUUCAUCUCUUUGAGACUGCUAGUAAAUUAAGAUAAGUGUGAUAUUGAGCCAGAUAUUCAAACCACAUUAGACCUUUUGAGUCUGACAAGAAUGGACAGUCUGAAUUUCAAUGCCCUAUUUCCUUAAUGAUCAAAACAGCCUUUAUUAUUAUCAUCACACUCUUGAAAUUAUGUGGAGAAAGAAGUGUUUAUUGACGCACCUACAAAAUACUUGGUGAAAUUUUGAUCAUAUUGUAGUACUUGGCAGAUCUCCCUCUGGUUUUCAAGAGGUGUCAAGAUUUAUGCAUUGUUGGGAGAGACAAAUAAAUGAUCACUUACAGCAUCAA